UAAUGACUUCCCAAUAAGCCCAUGUCGUCACUAUGGCUGCGGUUGGGGGUUCGGCGGCUCGGCGAGGAGGAGCCAGCGGCGCUGACAUCGGCGCGCCGGAACCGGAUCAGCGCGCCGGCCGAGUUCCUCAUGCGGAUUCUCCGUCAGAUCUGAAUAUAAGGAAUGGAAGACGUGCCUUACAGCCCGAGACAGGAGAUUAUUAGUGUAUGGGUUCGAGAUCCACACAUACGGGGAAAAGACUUCUGGCAUGCCCACAUAGAUUAUGAGAUCUGUAUGCAUACCAACAGCAUGUGCUUCACCAAGAAGACCUCCUGCGUGCGAAGGCGAUACAGCGAGUUUGUGUGGCUAAGGCAGAAAUUGCAAGAAAACACUCACCUCAUGGAGCUACCUGCACUACCCCCAAAGAACCCUUUCUUCAGCCUUAAUAACUCCCACCAAGUCAACAAGAGAAUGAAGGGACUACAGCACUUCCUGGAUGCAAUCGUCCAGAAACCUCUGGUGCUGUCAGACAGCUGUCUGCACCUGUUCCUGCAGUCGCAGCUCAGUAUUGCAAAAAUGGAGGCUUGUGCCUCGGGGAGGACCAGCUAUUCUGUUGCGCAAGCUAUCCAGAGCUGCGGGAGUGGCAUCCAGCGUUUCCGCUCUGAUGAAGAUCUGUCCGACCUGGGGAAAGACUGCGGCGACUCAGACUGUGAGAGCACGGCUUCCUCAGGCCUGGGGCUCAGCUGUGACACCGAUUUACCCCGUGAGGAGCAAAGCGCUCAAGCUAGCGGUACCUCUGAAGACGAACCCAGAUAGUGAGCAUGUUUGAUGGGGGACCAGCUUGCCCCUAGUCCUUCUCAGGCCACAGCACUUUCAUGUUAAGCUGCUAUAUGAUGCUGUUAUUCCCAGGAAUGCUGUUCAUUUCUCCUAAAAUCCACUACUUUUAUGCUAAUGCCUUUACCUCUAUAGUGUUAAAGGCUUUCGACUUUAACUUAUUUUUAAAAGUGUACACGUUUUUUGCUGACUGCUAGAGUAGAUUUUUUUUGAUAAUCUACUUUUAUGUUGAGUACAUCAAGAACCAAAGUUUUAUUUUCUUGUAUUGCAAAAAAACAUUAUUAUGGAGUAAGUGUCUUUGUCAUGUGAGCCUAAGAUAACAGCACUCUUUGUGAAUGAACGGCCUUCAAAUGUGUAAAAAACUAAUGGGAUCAAAUUGCAAACUAAUAACUCUACAAAAUGGACGUAUAGUCUUUAAUGUGUGAGUGAAUUUUAGUGUUUUAAUUUAUUGUGAAUGCUUUGUGCUAUGGUCUUCCAGCCUGUACUAGCAUAUUGGGUUGGUAAAAGAUUAAGUAAACAAUGUCUUUUCUGUGUACAAACUACUUGGAUUCUGCAAAUAAAGGCCGCCAAGUUCAACGCAA